CUCAAGCUCAAUCAACCAAAACAACAAAAUGUUCCGUCUGGUAACUUUCGCCGCCCUCUUGGCCUGCGCUUAUGCCGCCCCCGGUCUCGUCGCCGCCCCCGUGGUGGCCCAUGCCGUCCAUGCCGCUCCCGUGGUGCACGCCGCCCCCGUAGCCGUAGCUCACUCUUACGCUAGCCACCACUCCGUCGUCGCUCACCCCGUACCUGUCGUUCACGCCACCCCCAUUGUUAAAGCCGCCGUACCUGUCGUCCACGCCGCCCCCGUAGUCCACGCCGUCCACGCCGCCCCCUUGGCUGUUGCCCAUCAUGGUAUCCAUCUGCAUUAGGGGCCAAGGCUGUGAUCCCGAAUUUUGUACAAUGUGUUGAUUUAAUUUAUUUUUAUUUAAGGCCAUAAGUUUAAAUAAAUGUUUCUAAAUUAAAAUGUUUCUAAAUUAA